AUGAGCGCAACGCACAGCCCACGCCUGGAUGCACUCGCCUACGUCUCAUCAGUCGAGCCACUCAGCCAGACAGAAGAAGAACGGGUACAGGCCUACGCCAAGCUGGAAUUCCCCCAGCACGACUUCUUCAUCCGCAAACUAUCGAUCAUCAUCGGACGAAGACCACCCUCAUCCAAGCAGCAGCAAACCAUCAAGCAGGAGGAGAUCGAUGUUGACCUAGGACCCAUCAGAGCAGUCUCACGCAAGCAUGCCGCACUCUUCUACGACUGGCCAUUCGGCAGGUGGUCGAUCCAUGUCCUCGGCAGGAACGGAUGCGUGGUCGACGGACGGUGGAAGGCUAGAUCAGAAAUCAUCCCAUUACGCACUCGUACAAAGAUUCAGAUCGCAGAGCGCAUCUUCUACUUCAUCCUACCCACCCAGGACCAGCCUCAUCCAACACCACAGUCACCCCAGCCUACUACCAUCACCCAGCAACCAUCUCCAGCAGCAGAACCACUCCAAGAGCCACCUUUGCUGCCAACCAACACUAACUCCAACGACGAAGAUGAGAACUGGAUCGGCUGCGAAUCGGACUGUGGAUCGACCGUGCCUCCCUGUCAGCCACCAGAAGCGCCGCCAAACUCGGAAGACGAAAGCAACAGUGAGAGCGAAGACGAUAACGAUGAUGAUGAUGAUGAAGAUGAAGAAGAUGAUGAUGACCCUCUCCUCAAAUCUGACGAUGAACCACGGCCACCCUCUCCCCCCCGGCACGAGGCCACCAAUUACCACCCAUCCGAACGGGUCGACUUCAACCUGAUCCACAGCGAAUCCGACUCAGAUUCGAUGGACGAAGACGAGCUUGAACUACCCUACUACUCCUACUCACUUGCCGGCAAAGCACCCGCCUCAAAAGCACCCAGGAAGACCGCAAGCAAGGCGCCUCGUGGGCGGGGCAAGACCGCCGGGAAAGCCUCCGCCUCCUCCCUAAUCAUCCACCAAUCAUCCCCGGAGAAAACCCCGACUACCGACAUCAUCGUCGAGCCCCUCAAGCAGCAGCCUGCAGGUAAAGGUAAGGGCAAGAGUGCAGGCAAAACUAAACAGCCCAUCCCCAAGCCUGAGAACCCCCUACCGAUCAAGGAACGGCCCAAGAUCUCCGCCGUCACUCCCCCUGGCGCCGAGAUCGGAACGGUAACCCAGAAACCUCCAUACACCUACGCCUCCUUGAUCACCCAGGCUUUGGCCGCACAGGCCGACCAAGACGGCAAGAUGCUGGUCAGCGAAAUGUGUGAAUGGAUGGCCGGCGUUUAUCCGUUCUACGGGGCAAAGGAGAAGGGCUCAGAUUGGCAGUCGGCCGUCCGACACAAUCUGAAUGCAGAUAAGCGGUUCAAGCGGAUCGAAAGGAUGCCGACCGAUGGUGGUAAGGGUAACUUCUGGACACUGAGAGAGGAGGAAUGGGUGAAUUUCGAUGGGCUCGAGCUGCGACGACAGAAGGAGAUCAAGCCGAUCAAGCCUCUCGAUGGGGCGCCCUCACGGUCUAUCGGCACCGUCGCCCGCAGCGAUAUUGGCGCCCAUCAUCGCACCGCCGCCUCCCAGACUGCCCAGGCCGGCUCGCCUCCACACCCUGAUACUGCCCAUGCCCAUCGAGCCAGACAGCUCCCGCCCCCGCCCCCGCCGCCCACUGACCUUCCCGUCUUCUCCGGCCACGACGACGAACCUCUCGACUUCCAGCCGCCAAUGCCGCCGCUCUCCGACCCCCCCUUGCCGCAAGACCCCAUCGACACCACACCCGCUGCCCCCGCGCCCAUCGAUCCUAACCUUCUGGCCUGUAGCACCUCCACCCCCUCCUCUUCUUUGAUCGUCAUCCAAGAACCUUCUUCCUCUUCUUUAUCAUCAACAGCGGCAUCCAAUGCGCCCAAGACGCAAGAAGAGCUCAAGAAGCUGAUCGAGAAUGAGCCCCCGAUGGUCGUCUCCGGCCACACCCUCCUCCUCAACCCGCUCUUCUUCAAGGAACUCAAAACCUCCCAGAUCGUCUCGCUCCAGAAACUCGGGCCCCAGUCGGCGAUCAAGAUCCUGCAGAAAUUCAUCGUUGGCUAUUUUAAGGAGAAGAUCAAGAAGGCGUCGGCCGUUCCCGCCCCCGCUCCUGCUUCGACUUUGGCGAAGGAGAGGCAGGAGGCCCGCCGGGGCCCGCCGGAAAUCAUCGACGUCGAUGCCGACGACGACGACGACGACAAAGGCCCUUCGUCUGCCCCGCCCCCGCCCUCGUCCAGCGCUCCGCCAUCCACGCCCGCCAUCCCUCCCCUCAACCCCCUCAAACGCAAACCCGACACCCUCGAGCCAUCCCCCGACGCCCCCAUCAACCCCAUCUUCCUCCCCCCUCCCUCCGCCUCGUCUUCUUCUUCUGCGUUAGCCCUCUCUCCCGCUCUCGCCCUCCAUUCUAAGAAGCUUAAACUUAAUCCCGGGUGA